CCGGCGUUCUCUUGUAGUGCGAGGCGCGCAGCGCGCGAAGGGUGGUUUUGGCCUGAGACUGUGCGGCGGCGCGUGGGCCCUUCCUGAGGUGAGUGGCGCGGACCACGGUCCGGGCGCCCGGGUGUGGGGCUGUUGGAGCGGCUUCAGUCCCUGUCUGUGCCCCCUGCCUCCUUUUCCCUGCCGUCCUGGGGACUCUUCCAGGCGCGCGAGGGCGGCGCGUCUGACGGGCGGCCCGGAGCUCUGUGGAGCUUGGAACCUGCGCGAGGUUUGUGCGACUGCCUUUACGCCGAUGUGGCGGUUUUCGUGAAUCUUUAUUUCAUGAACAUGCAUACUGGAUUGCACCCCCAAACCCAGAAGUUUUCUUUUUUUUUUUGGAGACGGAGUCUAUGUCGCCCCCGGUAGAGUGCGGUGGGAUCACAGCUCACAGCAACCUUCAACUCCUGGGCUCAAGCGAUUCUCUUGCCUCAGCCUCCAGAGUAGCUGGGACCACAGGCGCCCCCCACGACGCCCGGCUAUUUUUGUUGUUGUUGCAGUUGUCAUUGUUGUUUAGUUGGCCCGGGCCGGAUUUGAACCCGUCACCCUCGGUGUAUGUGAGCUACGGGCGCCGAGCCGACCCAGAGGUUUUCGCCGCUAGCGUAUCAAGUAUAUCGCGACUUGAGGGUCGCUAAUCCUUACGAUUUGUCGCAGUCACUGACUGGCGCGGGGGCGGGAGGCCCAGGCGGGCGGAUCUCCUGAGCUCAGGAAUUCAAGACCAGCCUGAGCAAGAGCGAGACCCGGCUCUACUAAAAAUAGAAAAACUAGCCGGGCGUUGUGGCGGCCACCUGUAGUCCCAGUUGCUGGGGAGGCUGAGGCAGGAGGAUCUCUUGAGCCCAAGAAUUUGAGGUUGCUGUGAGACUCUGUCUCAAAAAAAUAAAAAAUAAAUAAAUAAUAAAACCAAAGGCCUGAAUUAGACUCGGAGACCGCUUGGUUCUUUGGUUUUCUCUGCACUGAGUCUAUCGUACCCAGAGAUUGAUUCCUGCGUGCUUGGUGAAUGCAGUGAACCCUUGAGGUAAAUAUCUAGUUGAUUUUUAUUUUAAAAAAUUGCUGUGUUUAUUUCUCAUUUCUUACACGCAAAGGACCCGGCAAAGAGGCUGCUCAGCCACAUAGUGGCUUGGGUUUGUUUGGAUUCAUUUACUGUCAUUUAAAAACAACUGUUUUUCUAUUAAACAUAAUGUGUUUUAAACUAUUUUAUCUUUGAAAAAAGUAAGAAUUUCUUGUUAAUUAGGUUUUCAUUACUGUAUUUUAAAGAAAUACCUUAAUUGCUUAUAUUUAUAUUAAGCAUUGCAGCUACAACUACUUUUCAGUUAGCUGGCUCUCAAAUGUCAUGCCUUCCUUUUGAAAAUACAGUUGUCUUCAGGAGGCUGAAGCAAGAGGAUCACUUGAGCCCAGGAGUUUGAGGUUGCUGUACACUGUGAUGGCACAGCACUCUACAAGGGUGCUUUUAAUUUACAUUCUAAAUUUGAAAUUUGUGUUAAUUCAGAUAAAGACUGAACUGAGAUUUUCUUUUUGUAAUAUGAGUAGGAACAUUGAUUUAUUAUCAGCUUUCUGCCUGCCUGCUCUAACCAGAGCACAGAGUGAAACUGUCUCAAACAACAACAAAAAAGCAUUCAUCUUUUAUUUGUGGCCUAAUACUUGUUUUUUUCCCCCUAGGAAGAAUAAUACAUUCUAAAGUUAUUUUUUUCCUCUCUAUGGAAUUAAGGUGAAACUUAGUUUUGUUUCUGUUUGGAUUUACUUCCUAAAAGUCAAUACCAUAAACCCAUAUCAGAUAUAAAGAAUUAGAGUAGUUAAACCAUGAGUUGUGGAAAUGACUUUGUGGGAACGUUAAAGAAAAUCGGUUAUCCUAAAGCGGACAUUCUUAAUGGAGAAGAUUUUGACUGGUUGUUUGAGACUGUUGACGCUGAACUGUUUUUGAAGUGGUUUUGUGGGAAUGUGAAUGAACAGAAUGUAUUGUCUGAAAAAGAAUUGGAAGCUUUUAGCAUUCUUCAAAAAUCAGGCAAGCCCAUCCUAGAAGGGGUGGCAUUGGAGGAAGUUCUUAAAACCUGUAAAACUGCUGAUUUGAACACACCGAGACUGGAUGACAAAGAGGUGGUGAAAUUAGAGGAUGAUGUUCAAACUCUGCAGAAAUUAAAGAACUUAAAAAUUCAGCGACGUAACAAAUGCCAAUUGAUGGCUUCAGUAACUAGCCACAGAUCUCUGAGGUUAAAUACUGAAGAAGAAGAAGCCACUAAGCAGCUUAAGCAGAGUCAAGGAAUUCUAAAUACAAUGAUUGCUAAGAUAAGUAAUGAACUUCAGGUUCUUACUGAUGUGGUUACAAAGUUGAUGAUGUUCUUCAAACAAUCUAAUUUGGGUCAAGGGACAAAUCCACUAGUAUUUUUAUCUCACUUUUCCUUGGAAAAUUAUCUAAGCCAGGAGGAGCGAAGCACAGCAGCAUUAACCUUAUAUACCAAAAAACAGUUCUUCCAGGGUAUACAUGAAGUAGUUGAAAGUUCAAAUGAAGAAAAUUUUCAACUUUUGGAUAUACAAACACCAUCUAUUUGUGAUAAUCAAGAAGUCCUUGAGGAGAGACGACUGGAGAUGGCUAGGCUGCAGCUGGCAUACAUUUGUGCUCAACAUCAGUUAAUUCAUUUGAAAGCAAGUAAUUUGAGCAUGAAGUCAAGUGUGAAAUGGGCAGAAGAGAAUCUCCGUAGCCUAACCAGCAAGGCUAUUGGUGAAGAAAAUCUGGAUGCUAAAAUUUCUAGCUUGAACAAUGAGAUUAGGAAACUUGAAGAACAAAUCACUCAUAUGAAAGACAAAAGUCUGCCUGCUAUGGUAAAAGAGAAUGCCCAGUUACUGAAUAUGCCCGUUGUAAAGGGAGAUUUUGAUCUGCAGAUUGCCAAACAAGAUUAUUAUACAACAAGACAAGAGUUUGUUUUAAAUCAAUUGAUAAAGCAAAAGGCAUCUUUUGAACUUCUACAGUUAUCAUAUGAAAUUGAAUUAAGAAAGCAUUGGGACAUACAUCGUCAACUUGAAAAUUUGGUUCAAGAACUUAGUCAAAGUAACAUGAUGCUGUACCAGCGAUUAGAAAUGUUAACAGAUCCGUCAAUCUCUCAGCAAAUGAAUCAAAGAAACACCAUUGAUACCAAGGAUUAUUCUACUCACAGGCUUUAUCAACUUUUAGAGGGAGAGAAUAAGAAAAAAGAAUUGUUUAUAACUCAUGGAAACCUGGAGGAAGUGGCCAAAAAAUUGAAACAGGAUGUUUCUUUAGCACAAGAUCAGUUGGCAGUAUCUGUUCAAGAACAUUUUUUCUUUCUGUCCAGACUGAAUAAUGAUGUGGAUAUGCUUUGUGAUGCAUUAUAUAAAGGAGGAAAUCAGCUUUUGCUUAGUGAUCAGGAGUUAAUGGAGCAGUUUCAUCAAGUUGAAGCUCAAAUGAAUAAGCUAAGUCAUCUCCUUACUGAUAUUCUGGCUGAUGUGAAGACAAAAAGAAAAAUUUUGGCAACUAACAAAUUGCAUCAAAUGGAAAGAGAAUUAUAUGUAUAUUUUUUAAAAGAUGAAGACCAUUUGAAAGAUAUCAUAGAGAAUUUAGAAACCCAAUCAAAGAUUAGGUCUGCUGGUCUUGAAGAUUGAAAAUUACUAAAAACUGAAUCUUUACUAUACAUGCUAUGUAUUUUCUACAUAGGAAGAGAAUAUAUCUAAUAAACACUUAUAAGUUU